CUGAAGUAUGUUAUUGUCUUUAUAUAUUAAAGCAGAAACCGAUCAAAUUCAUAUUAAAUUUUCCACUUCUACUUCGUCUUUCUAAUAGUGUUAUAGUGCAUACAAUCAGAUUUGGUUAAGGAGAAAAUAUGUCUUUAUAUUUUUCUAUACUCUGUACUACAAUAUUAUCAGCUUUUCUAGCCACAGUUCAUUCAACCCCUCACAAUGUGAGCGCUACUUCUUGUACCAUCACAAAAUAUAAUGCAGACAAUAUUUUGAACGCACAAAAAGAAUGCUCUGAAAUCAUCCUUAAAGGACUAAGCGUUGCAGCCGGUAAAACUUUGGAUCUAACCCAUCUUCAGCAAGGCGCGAAGGUUACAUUUGAAGGAACUACUACAUGGGAAUAUAAAGAAUGGACGGGUCCAUUGAUCAAGGUCAGCGGGACAGACGUGGAGAUCACUGGUUCCUCUGACCACGUUCUCGAUGGUAGAGGAAGUUUGUGGUGGGAUGGACUGGGAGGAAAUGGUGGCAAGAAGAAGCCAAAAUUUAUAACUCCAGUUAAAAUGUAUAAUUCCAAAAUCACGAACCUCAAUAUCAAGAACAGUCCUGUUCAUGUAUUUUCUAUUAAACAGUGUGACGGCUUGACCCUGGACAAUGUUAAUAUAGACGAUAGAGAUGGUGAUACUCAAGGUGGACACAAUACUGAUGGUUUUGAUAUAGCUAGUUCAAACAAUGUAGUCAUUAAACGUAGUAGUGUCUACAGUCAAGACGAUUGCUUAGCCGUAAAAUCAGGUUCCAAUUACGAAUUCACUGACAAUUACUGUGGUGGAGGUCAUGGCAUUUCCAUAGGCUCUGUGGGUGACACCACAGUAGAAUCUGUUUAUGUCUCAAACUGUCGUGUUGAAGAUUCUGCCAAUGGAGUUAGAAUUAAGACUGUGUACGGAGCAGUCGGAUCUGUUAAAAAAAUUACAUUCGAAGCUGUUACCUUGAAGGACAUUACAAAUUAUGGCAUCAUCAUCGAAGGUGACUAUCUAAAUGGUGGGCCAACUGGUACGCCAACUGAUGGUGUACCAAUAACAGAUUUAACUUUAAAAGAUAUUAGUGGGACCGUUCUAAGUUCAGGUACUAAUGUUUAUGUUUUGGUGGAAGCUGCUUCCGAUUGGCACUGUUCGGGAAUUGAUGUGAGAGGUGGCGAAAAUGUUAAGGAAUGUCAAGGAAUUCCGUCUGGAUCGGGACUUUCUUGUUAAUAUUCUUUUUAGUUGUAUUUGUGCAACAGUUUGGAAAUACACAUUUGAAUGCAUA